AUCGCGCUUUCCAGAAAGUCUGCCUGCUGGAAGAGACUUCUUGACAGCUUCCUACGUGUCGGCCGAUCGCUCCAUGGGACUUGGCUUCUGAGAACCAGCCAGCAGCAGGCGGUGACGCUGAAGUGUGCGUGUGUGAAGCUGGAGAUACGGCCGGGGUGACUCGGAGGAGCUUCUCCACACCGCAGGCAUGAGGGGAACCGGCAUCCGGCACGGUGUGCCCGAGCCCCAGACACUCCUGGCCAGAGCACUUUACAACAACCGCCCCGACUGCUCCGACGAGCUGGCUUUCUCCAGAGGGGACAUCCUGACCAUUCUUGACCAAGACGUGCCUGAAAGCGAGGGCUGGUGGAAGUGUCUGCUUCAUGGCAGGCAAGGCCUGGCCCCAGCCAACCGCCUCGAGGUCCUCACGGAGGGCCCUGAAGACGGGUCACCCCCGGCCAGUGCGGAGGAGACCUACCAGGUGCCCGCCACGCUCCACUGCGCACCGCUGGGACCCGUGUAUGAGCCGAUGAAGGGCUGGGUGGAGAGGUCCCCGCCCCCCACUACCCAGGUCUACGAGUUCCCGGACCCACCUUCCAGAGCCAGAAUCGUCAGCGAAAAGACUCUGAGCUUUCCAAAUCAGACCCUCUUCGAGCUUCCCAGACCUACGACAGCCACAACAACAGCCCUGCCUUCCCAGGUGUAUGACGUGCCUGCCCACAGCCGGCCCUCCUUGGCCCUUAACCAGCCAGCGAAACACCGGCUAUACGAUAUACCAAGCAGCUUCCACAAGGCAGCCCUGCAGCUCCCGGCCGGACAAGCAAGUGGCCAGAGCGUUCCCCCGACGCCUGCGCUGGACUUCGGAAGAGGUGGCUACAAUACAUCACCAGCCCCUCAGAAUUCAGGAUGGAUUUACGACAUGCCAGCGCCUCUGGGAAAGGCCAGGGUCAGAAAUUCAGCUCCAGCUGGCUCCACGGAAGACACAACGCCAAACACUGUCCCCAGUUCGGCAGCCAUUGCUGUCAGCCCCCUGAGCAGCAGAGACCAGGCCCUCCAUCCACAGCCGUGUGACAGUGUGCCCACGAAGAAAAAGCUCAGCCUCCCAGAAGUGCCUCCCUCCACCUUCCCAGCACCUCAGGACACAGUCCCUUUGGAUGCAGGCAUCAGCUACAGGGUGCCUUCGAGCUUUCUGAUUCCCCGAGUGGAGCAGCAGAACACCAAGCCCAACAUUUACGACAUCCCUAAAGCCAGCUCAAAUGCAUCUCUGGCUGAGAAAGAGUUUCAAAAGGCCAAGGAGGCCCCAGAGAACUCCUCGGGCCUCGAUCCCUGCCCGUUCUCAAGACGGACGACCACUCUGUACCCUGAGUUGGACAGACUGUCCGUUUCCAGCUCAGACAGCAGAGCCAGUGUCCUUUCUUCAUGCUCCUCUGUGUCCACCGACUCCUCCUGCAGCUCUUCAUCCUCCUUGGAGGACUCAGCCAAGGAGCUCUGCCUGGAUGUGGACUCGGCCAAAGAGAUGGCGAUGGCCCUGCAGCAUAAGGUGGUCAACUCCGCAGCUGGCCUGCUGCUGUUUGUGAGCAGGAACUGGAGGCUCCGAGACUCCCUGGAGGCCAACAUCCAUGCGAUCCACAGGGCCGCAGACCACAUAGCAGGGUCGCUGAGACAGUUCCUGGAUUUUGCCCAAGGAGUCCGUGGGACCGCCUGCAACCUCACUAACGGUCACCUUCAGGCCAGAAUCCAGGAGCAGCUGCAGACAAUCUCCAACUCCUACCAGAGCCUCCUGGAAGCAAAGGAGCGCCUGGACAGCUGCAAAUGGUCUCUUGACGUUCUUUCGGUGGACAAAGUCCAAAGCAGCAUGGAUGACCUUGAGAGGUUUGUCAUGAUUGCGCGGAUGGUUCCAGAAGAGGUCAAGAGGUUUGUCUCCAUAGUCAUCGCUAACGGGAGGCUCCUUUUUAAGCAGAACUGUGAAAAAGGAGACACUGUGCAGUUGUCCCUAAAUGCAGAAUUUAAAUGUGCGAAAUGUGUCCAGCUUCCCCAAAGAGAAAUGGAAUCCCACCAAAAGAGUACUCCUCCUAACAAACAGAGGGAGAACGGACACUCCCCUAAGCCGGCACAGAAAGACAGGACAGCUGUCUGUGAACAGAUGUUGCCUGGCCUAGAAGAGAAAGAAAAGUCAAUCUUAGAACAACAGUCCGAUGAAAACAGAAACUUAGAACCAGUGAACCCCAGCUCUCUACCCCAGCCCUGGAGCGGGCCGGCCCCCGACAGGAAAGUCCCCCUCUCCGAGCACUGCCGGCUGUACUUCGGGGCGCUCUUCAAGGCCUUGGGCGCGCUUCACGGCAGCCUCGACUCCGGCCAGCCGCCCGAGGUGUUCAUCACGCAGAGCAAGCUGGUCAUCACGGUGGGGCAGAAGCUGGUGGACACGCUGUGCAGGGAGACGCGGGAGAGGGACGUGCGCAACGAGAUCCUCCGCAGCACCGGCCGCCUGUGCGGACUGCUCAAGUCCCUGGCGCUGGCCACCAAGGACGCGGUGCUCGAGUACCCGAGCCCCACGGCCCUGGAGCUGCUGCAGGCCGAGGCCAAGAAGCUGGAGCAUCACACGAGGCAGUUCCGAGAGACGUUGGAAUGAGCCCUUCCUCCGAGGCUCACCCUGUGCGACUCGAUGGGACUGGACGAUGGGAUGGGACGGGCCACACACGGCACCCAGUACCUCGCGGCUCCGCAGCCCAGGACGCUGACACCUAGGGGCUCGGGAAACACGGUCGGUCGGGCAUUGCGAGGGCAGGACUCCGUGAAGCUGCCUGUGCAGUGUCCGUGUCGGAAGGUCACAAUCCUCCAGUUCCCAGUCACCUUGCGGAGAGCGUCUGCACCCUGGCUACGCGUGUGCGCGGUUUACAUCCUUCAUUCAGCACUUAAGUACUGAGCACCACUUACGCACCAAGUUCUAGGAGCUGCCCAGGUGUCAGAGGCUGUCUGAGCUCCCAGUCCACUUGGGGGCAGAGAUGACGAAGUGAGGAAGGAAGACAUUUUCAGCACACAGAGAAAAAGGUGGGGAGGAGGAGGGGAAUUUAGUUUCAAAAGAUCAAUAUAUUGCUUGCAUUAGAAAAUGUAGUGCACCCAUCCCUGGUACAGAAAAAGAAAGCGGGGGAG